AUGGAGUGUAACAAAGACGAAGCCAGUCGGGCAAAGGAGAUUGCAGAAAAUAAAUUUCAAGCGAUGGAUUUAGUUGGUGCUAAAAGAUUUGCUUUAAAAGCAAAAUCUCUUUACCCGAAUCUCGCCGGGAUUGAGAAGAUGGUGUCGACUCUGGAUGUUUAUAUUUCUGCAGAAAGGAAAAUAAACGGGGUAACAGAUUGGUAUGGAGUAUUGGGUGUUGAUCCAAGUGCAGACCUUGUUACAUUGAAGAAGCAUUAUAGGAUGAUGGCUCUGAUGCUUCAUCCGGACAAGAACAACACAAUUGGGGCUGAUGGAGCUUUUAAGCUCAUUUCUGCAUCCUGGAAUGUUUUAUCCGAUAAAGACAGUCGGUCAUCAUAUGACCUCAAGAGGGGAACAACUCUACAGAAGUAUCCGAUACCAUCAAAAGUUCCAACAAAUGGAUUCAGCCCCCAAAAGAAUGUUCCAACAACUGCACAAAGGACCCCUAAAGCUAAUAGUCCGAAGACUGCACAAAGGACCCCGCAAGAAAAUAUCCCCAAGAAGACUACACAAAGGACCCCUAAAAAGAGUGUUCCUAAGGCACCACAAACAUCAAGGAAGAGAAAGUACAACAAUGUUGUCCCUCCAGCUCCAGCCCCAGCCCCAGCCCCAGCCCCAGCCCCAGCCCCAGCCCCAGCCCCAGCUCCAGUUCCAGAUCCAGAUCCAGCUCCAGCUCCAGCUCCAGCUCGGCAUCCACGUCCUCCACCUCCAUCAUCUCUAAAGAAGAUAAGUUCGUUUUGGACCCUCUGUCGGAGCUGCAAGACCAUGCAUCAGUACACUCUAAAUUACCGGAACUAUUACAUUCCAUGUAUUAUUUGUCAACAAUUAUUUCCGGCAAUUGAAAUUACAGCACCCCCUAAUCAUCAUCGAGGAUACAUUUGUACCCUUCGAGGUAAAUCGAACCAAGAACAGGUUCCGGUUUCUGGACCAGCAGCUGGUGGAAGUUCGACAUCUUUCGAGACUGGUUCGACAUCUAAGGAGGCUGCCAAUGGGUAUGAAGAAAUGAAAAGAGAAUCAAGUAUGCCGCCACCCAAAACAAGAAAAUUCAGCUUAUUUGGUGUUAAAAUUAUUGACAAUUAG